AUGGAAAGAGACAAACAUCAAAAUUUAGUUAGUGGGGAAGAAACUGCCCGUAAUGACAUAACUAAAGAUUCUAACGAGCCAAGCAUAUAUGACAUUCGACACAGGUGUGAAGUGUACCAUAUGCAACAUUUUAGAGUUCAGAUAAUCAUACUUAAACACAGGUCAAUGAUUGACUUUUUGGAUUAUCUAGAAGAUUCACUAUAUGAAUCGUACCCAUUCAUCAAUUAUCCUCAACCAGAGCUCCUAAAACUAAUUCUAACAGCUACAACAGUCACCAAAUUGAGUCUUUCAGACCCUCAAAUAUCUGCUUCAAUUGUACCGAAAGCACACUCUCGUCCUUUAAGCAAUAGAUCUACUGAUUAUUUAACAAGCUUACUGCUACUAUGUAAGAAGUUGGGAAAGAACAGAGAUCCAAAAUCUUUGGACGACGAGAUAUAUUUUUACGAAUUGGAAAAUUUAUGGAAGAUUAUGUCUUCCUUACUUCAUUUUAUUACAAAGUCCAAUUCUCUGGGUCGCAGAAGUGUUUCUGAUAAAAUUUACCGUACAAAGGAAAGACAGGGGGCAGAGGAUAAUGACCUUAAUACAACCGCUAAUCAGGAAAUACAGAAAUUGCGCCAUUUAAAUGAAGAGGAAUGGUUUUCGCGUCAAGAGCUUUUCGGGAAUUCCAAUUUUGAUAAACUUGGAAGGCCAUUUUGGGAAUAUUUUUUAUGGGGUUUCAAGUGCUGCAUCAAGGGUUCGAUUCAUAAUGAUCAGGUCUCACAAUUAACCUGGAGUACAUGGAAAAAUGCUUUAUUCAUUAUCACCGAAUACUACAAAAUUGAAUGGCAAAUUUUAUGCAAUUCAGGUGUUCGCUUUCAUGAUGCUUAUGCAGGUGAUCGUUAUAACUCAUACUUUUUAAGAAAUGUAUUUAGUUUAUGGGGAAGCAGUGCCAGCUCAUGUUUUAGUCGUCUUAUAACAAUAUCGUUUAUGCAUUCGUUAGAUUCCUUAGAUAGAAUACGACCAAUCAUGGAAAGCGACUUGAUUUUAAGGGAUACUUCAAAUUAUAUCCCAAAUAAGAAAAUCCCAAUUACUUCAGAACUUGGUCUAGAAACUAUCUAUUUUCGGGAAACCUUAAUAUCAUUAGGAUAUUUAUAUAUUUGUCUUUUUGUGCCUAAGCGAAGAGUAUCCUUACAGAAAUAUUAUUGUGAAAACUUAUCCAAGAAUCUUAUCGAUCUUUGCGAAACAGACUUUCGGAAAUUCCUUAGCAAUUGUGACCUAUCUAUACCAGAACUAAGAGAAAUGUACAAAUUUACGAUUCUUAUUAUUUUGGAAUCUUUGACUGACAUAGAUCAAAUAUUCACCAAAGACACAAAGACAAUUAUUGCGGAGGCGGAGAUAUGCCACAGAAAUAAACCUACAGAAUGGCACAUACCACUGCUGACACAUUUCAUCAGAGCCAUUGAUAUGGCUAAAAGAUGA